AGGUAUGGGAUAGACUAUAAGGGGAUAGCUUGUAAUAAAGAGAAAUAUAAUGUGAUAAGUAUGGAUUAGUACUUAUGAUGGUGAGUAUCAACUGGUGAUGUCGAAUGAUAGAUGUUGAUAUAUAGAAGAAGAAGAUUUAAAUGCCUGAAAGUUGGACCUUUAAAGACUUCUUUGCUGAAGUAGUUGAAAAUGUGAGCGUGGAACUUGGCUAUGAAUGGGAAGAAACCAAGCGUGGAGUUACCACGUUUGACUAGUUCAUUGCGUGCUUUUUCUGGCCUAUCCUCGCCGUAUUUAAAAGGCAAAGAGUACGGUAACCCCGCGGAAUUGAAACGAAAGCGUGAAUGGCAAGCAAAACGAGCCAGGAAAGAUGAUUUCACAUGGCAGGACUUGAACCGGUUGGUGAAGAAAAAUGUGUCAGCAGAUAAAGAGAACGAGGUGAAGAAUGCGUUGAGAGAUUUAUUAAACAUUGCAUAUGAUAUUGCUGGCAAAGAUGCCUCUUCAGAGGUCACGAAAAGCACGGCUAUAUUUUUAUUUGAACUGCUACGCGAGUGCACCUUUGUUAGCAAACAAGAACUUUCCAAGAUUGCUGAAACAUUUGGACCAUGUCACAGAUCAUUGAUUGACGAAGCUUUCAAAUUAACUCAAAUUCUCCUGAGUAAUAUCCCUGAUGAGGAAUUGAAUGCUAAACUAAGAAACUCAUCGAACAUUAAAAAACAAGUUCCGUUUGGUGAAGGGAUCAAAUUUGCUUUCCCACUUCCAAUGGAAAUUGAGGAUGAUUUAUCGUUAUUUGACCUUGAUGUUGAGGAGGAAAAACCAAAAUUUUCUAUGAAAGUCAAAACAGAGCCAAGCACGGCCAAGGCUGUAAAAGUAGCUCAAGAAAAUUCUGAGAAUUUGGUUACUUCGAAAAGUGAUUGUGAACAAGGAGAAUAUCAACUGGUUGAACAAGGAGAUAUCAGCUGGUUGAAGCAAAAAUGUGAUUUGUUUUUUGGAAAUGCGGGUGAAAAUUUGAACAGCGAUGUUAUGUGUUCUGUCAUAUUUGACCUGUUGUGCUCUCGAAAAGGGAAUGAAGAAUUGCAGAAUGAGUUGUUCGAGUUGCUGGGUUUCGAUCGCUUCGAGUUCAUUCAGGAAUUGCUUUCCAAUCGGGAUAUUGUCAUUGGCGGUGGAAAUAGGAGUGCCUAUAAUAAGAAUGGUUUUCAGGGGGAUGCAGCAUCUACCAAAAAUUCUGCAGCUAAACCAAACUUUGGAUGUCAGGUUACUAUUCAGUCUGAACAAGAGAAGAAACUGCUAAAGCAGGUUCGUAAGGAAGAGCAGAAAUCUUUGAGGAGAAACAAGGUUGAUGAUCAUGGGGCGGAGAUCAACCAUGAGGACUACCUAAAGAGCGUAGGGUUUGACCCUGAAAUGAUGAAAUACCAAAGGGAGCAAGCUUUGCUUGAGGCAGCCAACAUGCCAUUGUUCAGCAGAAGAUCAAGAUCACCACGUGACACUGUCAAAUACCCAUUUGUUUUUGACUCCCUGAUUACUGCCCAACAGUCUAGUGCUUAUGUUGGUGGCUGUAAGCUUCAACUGCCUCAAGACACGACUCGAAAUAAUUGUAAAAUGUACGAAGAGUAUCAUCUACCACCAACACAGACCAAACCACCAAGAGAAACAGAUGAUUUUAUAAGCAUUUCAUCACUGGAUGAGGUUGCCAAGAUUGGUUUCCAAGGUGUGAAGAAACUUAAUCGCGUACAGUCGGUUGUUUUCGACACCGCUUAUAACACGAAUGAGAACCUCCUGAUAUGUGCACCCACAGGAGCUGGCAAGACAAAUGUAGCAAUGGCGACCAUUCUCAGAGAAGUCAAACUGAACAUAAAACAAGGCGUGGUCAUGAAAGAUAAAUUUAAGAUCAUCUACGUGGCUCCUAUGAAAGCUCUCGCGGCAGAAAUGGUGAGAACGUUUGGUAGGCGUUUGGCACCGUUGGGAAUCUCCGUCCGAGAAUUGACAGGAGAUAUGCAACUGACCAAGACUGAAAUUCUUACAACCCAGAUGUUAGUGACAACACCUGAGAAGUGGGAUGUGGUAACGCGCAAGAGCACGGGUGAUAUUGCAUUGACUCAAAUUGUCAAGUUAUUGAUCAUAGAUGAAGUGCACUUACUACACGAUGAUCGAGGAUCUGUGAUCGAAUGCCUCGUUGCCCGAACGCUAAGACAGGUUGAGUCAACUCAAAGCAUGAUUCGUAUCGUUGGUUUAUCUGCAACACUUCCAAACUAUCUCGACGUGGCAAGAUUUCUUCGCGUUAAUUUUCACCAGGGUUUAUUCUUCUUCGAUGCUCGGUUUCGCCCGGUUCCCCUCGGCCAGACCUUCAUUGGGGUCAAAGCCAGCAAUAUCAUGGGUCAGUUACAAGAUAUGGAUACUGUAUGUUAUGAAAAAGUUCUGGAAAAUGUCGAAGAUGGAUACCAGGUUAUGGUGUUUGUUCAUGCAAGAAACGCAACAGUGAGAACGGCGAUGACUUUGCGAGAAAAAGCAAAGAACAACGGCAGCAUUGGUUUGUUCCAGUGUAAACAAUCCUCAGAAUAUGGCACAGCAGAAAAACAGGUUCGAAAGUCCCGCAAUAAAGAACUCCGGGAGCUUUUCGUCGAUGGCUUUUGCAUCCACCACGCAGGAAUGUUGCGCAGUGAUCGUAGUAUGGUUGAAGAUCUUUUCGCUAAAGGUUUAAUCAAGGUCAUCGUCUGUACGGCCACGCUUGCCUGGGGCGUCAACCUGCCGGCACAUGCUGUCAUUAUAAAGGGUACUGAGAUAUACGAUGCAAAGAAGGGGUCAUUUGUGGACCUGGGGAUUUUGGAUGUCCUUCAGAUCUUCGGCCGUGCUGGACGACCACAGUUUGACAAGUUUGGAAGCGGUUACAUCAUCACAAAACACGAGAAACUCAGUCAUUAUUUGACACUGAUGACAAGGCAGUCACCAAUAGAAAGUCAAUUCCAAUUGAGUCUGGCUGACAGUUUAAAUGCUGAAAUAUCUCUUGGUACUAUAACGAAUGUCGAUGAAGCAGUGGAAUGGCUGAGUUACACCUAUCUUCAUAUUCGUAUGCUGGUCAAUCCUAUGGUUUAUGGCAUUGCAUAUGGCGCUAAGGAGGAGGAUCCUGGUUUGGAGAAGCAUCGUCGUGAGCUCAUCGAGAGUGCAGCGAAGGCUUUAGAUAAAGCUAAGAUGAUUAGAUUUGACGAACGGACCACGUACCUUUCUCCCAUUGACGUUGGUCGCAUUGCUAGCAACUUUUACAUUAAAUAUGAUACCAUUGAGACGAUAAAUGAUCUUUUCAAGCCCCACAUGAGUGAAGUUGAUAUUCUGUAUAUGAUUUCUAUGGCUCAAGAAUUUGAACAAAUCAAAGUCCGGGAAGAAGAGUUCGAAGAACUUAAAACGCAUGUGAAUGAAGAUUGUGAGUUCGAAGCUAAAGGUGGACCAGAGAAUUCUCACGGAAAGACAAAUAUUUUAUUACAAACUUAUAUUUCAAGAGGAUAUGUCGAAUGUUUCUCUCUUGCCUCUGAUUUUUCCUAUGUUGCCCAAAAUUCAGCCAGGAUUGUUCGAGGUUUAUUUGAAUUGGCUCUAAAAUAUGGUUGGCCUCGCAUGUCGGCGAACCUUCUUACGUUAAGUAAAUGUAUUGAUAAACGGAUUUGGCCCAGUGAAAACCCUCUCAAGCAGUUUUCAAUAUUGAAUAUUGAGACAAUCCGUAAAUUGGAGGAAAGGAAUGCUCAUGUCGAGAGAUUAAGAGACAUGUCUGCUGAUGAAAUUGGUCAUCUGAUACGUCAUGUACGCAUGGGUAAGGUGGUGAAACGUUGUGUGGGUGAAUUUCCAAGUUUGUCGAUCGUAUCGAACAUUCAACCCGUGACAAGAAAUGUCCUUCGCGUUCGGCUGACCAUCACUGCAGAAUUUGAGUGGAAUGACAAGGUGCACGGUGGAACCUCGGAGCCUUGGUGGAUAUGGGUUGAAGAUCCUGACAAUGACCAUAUUUAUCAUUUCGAGUACUUUCUACUCCUGAAGAAACAGGUUAAAGCCAAUGAACCACAAACAUUAGUCUUCACCAUUCCAAUCUUCGAACCACUUCCAGCCCAGUACCUCGUUCGCGCUACUUCUGACCGUUGGCUUGGGGCCGAGUGCGUAUGCGCCAUAUCGUUUAAGCACUUAAUCCUCCCGGAGAAACAUCCCCCACACACGGACCUCCUGGAUUUACAGCCACUGCCGGUGUCCGCGCUGAGGAAUCCUGUGUACGAAAGACUGUUCAAGUUUAGCCACUUUAAUCCCGUGCAGACCCAAGUAUUCCAUACACUUUACCACACAGAUCACAAUGUCCUCCUAGGUGCCCCCACGGGGAGUGGCAAAACGAUCGUUGCGGAGAUGGCAAUAUUCCGUGUCUUCAACGAAUACCCGAAGAAAAAGUCGGUUUACAUUGCCCCCCUGAAAGCUCUUGUCCGAGAACGAAUCGAAGAUUGGAAAGUCCGAUUUGAACAGAAAUUGAAAAAGAGUGUGGUAGAAUUGACUGGUGACGUCACACCAGACAUGCGCGCCAUCUCAAAAGCUGACGUGAUCGUGACGACGCCGGAGAAAUGGGACGGAGUGAGUCGUAGCUGGCAGACAAGAAACUACGUGCAAGAUGUCGCAUUGUUGGUUAUUGAUGAGAUUCAUUUGCUCGGAGAUGAACGAGGGCCUGUCUUGGAGGUGAUUGUCUCAAGGACAAACUUCAUAUCGUCGCAUACUGAACAAGGAGUCAGGGUCGUUGGCUUGUCCACGGCCUUGGCGAAUGCGAGAGAUCUUGCCGACUGGUUGGGAAUCAAGCAGGCUGGGUUGUUCAAUUUCCGCCCGUCAGUUCGUCCCGUUCCGCUGCAAGUCCACAUCAAUGGAUUUCCAGGCAAGCAUUACUGCCCGCGCAUGGCAACCAUGAACAAGCCGACGUUUGCUGCCAUUCGUACACACUCCCCCGAUAAACCCACUCUGAUCUUUGUCUCAUCGAGACGUCAGACGAGACUGACUGCACUGGACCUCAUUGCGUAUCUGGCGGCCGAGAGUGAUCCCAAACAAUGGCUACAUAUGCCCGAAGAGGAGAUGGCAAAUGUUGUUUCUGGUGUUCGAGACGAAAAUCUCCGUUUCAUAUUACCUUUCGGUAUCGCGAUGCACCACGCGGGACUCCACGAGCGUGACAGAAAAGUGGUUGAGGAACUAUUCGUGAAUCAAAAAGUCCAGAUACUUAUAGCCACCAGUACAUUGGCCUGGGGCGUCAAUUUUCCCGCCCAUUUAGUCGUUGUCAAAGGCACUGAAUAUUACGACGGUAAGACAAGACGUUACGUCGACUUUCCUGUGACAGACGUCCUUCAGAUGAUGGGUCGUGCUGGCAGACCUCAGUUUGAUGAUCAAGGAGUUGCUGUGAUAUUGGUUCAGGAUAUCAAGAAACAAUUUUAUAAGAAGUUUCUGUAUGAUCCUUUUCCUGUCGAGUCCAGUCUUCCAGAAGUGCUAUCUGACCACAUCAAUGCAGAAGUCGUAUCGGGGACGAUCACAUCAAAGCAAGAAGCUAUGGACUACAUAACAUGGACGUAUUUCUUCCGACGUCUGCUGAUGAAUCCCAGCUACUACAAUCUGGACAGUGUGGACCACGAGAUUGUUAAUAAAUUCUUAUCUACAGUGGUUCAGACUUGUGUUAGUGAACUAGAAACAUCUUCAUGUUUGGAAGUUGAUGAGGAUUUUCAGUCCAUCACUCCUACAAUACUUGGACGGAUAUCUUCAUAUUACUAUCUCAGUCAUCUUUCGCUUCGCUUGUUUCGAGAACAGCUACACGGAAAUAACACACUACCAGAACUUAUGAAGAUCUUGAGUAGCGUGGAGGAAUAUGAGCAGUUACCAGUGCGACACAAUGAAGACGGUAUUAAUAGUGACUUGGCCAAGUCCUUACCAUUAGAAGCGGAUCAAUACACCUAUGACAGCCCGCACACGAAGGCAUUCCUACUCUUUCAAGCUCACUUUUCCAGGCUAACAUUACCAUGCAGCGACUAUCACACCGAUACCAAAUCUGUCCUAGAUCAGGCUGUCAGAAUUUUGCAGGCAAUGAUCGAUGUCUCCGCUGACGAGGGAUGGUUAGCGACCGUGCUCCGCACCAUGCUUCUGGUUCAGAUGCUCAUUCAAGCUCGUUGGAUCCACGAUUGCCCUUUGUUAACCCUACCUGGUAUAGAGAAGUCGCACUUGUCCCUAUUCAGGGCUCCCGAUGACUCGUCCGGCCGCAUCGAUUGUCUGCCGGAGUUGGCCGAAGUUGUUAGGCGCGAUGAAAGAUACUUACAUAGAGUUUUGAAUGGAAAGUUUCCCGCCAGAGAUAUCGAACAGAUAAAGGAUGUGCUUUCCAUUCUGCCCGUAGUUGAAAUAAAACUGUUCAUCCGGGGUGUUUGGGAAGGACGUGCUAGGCAACAGGACAGGCGUGUUGACGUCAGCACUGGCCGUGUUGGCCAAGAGACCUGGGUUAAGGUCCACGCAGACCAAGAAUACGUUGUAAGAAUAGAGUUAAACAGAAUUAUGACUGGAAAGAAGAAGGCGGAUUCUAAAGCAUAUGCCCCUCGUUUUCCGAAAGCCAAGGACGCAGGCUGGUGGUUGAUGCUAGGUGUCAUUGAUGACGGUGAAUUAUUAGCGUUGAAGCGUAUUGGCCCAAUCAGGAGUCGUUCAACCGUCUCGCUUGCGUUUUACACUCCUGAGGAAACUGGUCACAAGAUCUAUACACUAUAUCUGAUGAGUGAUUCGUAUAUUGGAUUGGAUCAGCAAUUUGAUAUUUGCCUCGAUGUUAUUGAAGCGAGCAUUGAAAGUCAGGUGAAUACUGAAGUGAAACUCGACGAAAUGUAGAGGUAGUGGAGGCAUGUGGUGGUUGAAAAAGGCUUUGUAAUUGGAAUUGAAUGAGAGCGCCUGGAUUUUGUUCCCGCAUUUUGGGACUCGAAUUGCAAACAUGAACCAGGUGUGCUGUUUGGCUCGUUUAAAAUUUGUUGUUGUUGUUGCUGCUGUUGUGAGUGGAGGCUGUUGUAUCUAACAAACAGGUUGGACUUCCAACGAGAGUUAGCAAGCGUGGGUUGGCCUUAGUCGUGUCUUUGAAAAAAUGGGAAGAUGAGAAGUUGACAGGAUAUCAGUAGACUUUAAAAUCGACGUUUACAGCAAACUUAAAAAUCGUAUUCUUUAGUUAACUAUUGUUAUUAGCCGUUGGAACUGGGACAAUUUAAUUCACGAAAGUGAUGAAUGAAUUGGAAACUAUAUAAGCUGUCGAAAACCUGUAGGAUUUACUUAGAAAUGCAUUUAAAAUUUGCACAAUUUAAUGUAGCACAAUUUAGCGUUUCACAAUUUAAUGUUGCACAAUUUAGCGUUUCGCAAUUUAAUGUUGCACAAUUUAGCGUUUCACAAUUUAGUGCAUCACAAUUUGAUGUUGUAUAAUUUAGCUCUUCACAGUUUAUUGUUUUCAAAUUUACGACUUUCACCAUUUAGGGUAUCACAAUUGCAGAAUAUAGUACAACGUGACGACAAUGUAUCACAAUUCAAUAUUUCACAAUCGA